AUGAUAAUUAAUAAUUCACUCUUAUACGCCAUGUCACGAAUUUGUGUAUUUUUUACUCUUAUCUUGCCAUACAGUCUUGCAGAAGUUUGGGUUAUUCGUGUAUAUACGGCUAACGAACAAUAUGCUGGAACAGAUGCUAAUGUCUAUAUUCGUUUAUUCAAUCCUAAACAUGAGAGUACUGGAGAAUAUCAAUUAACACAUUCAAAUUGGCAACCUGAACCUCAUGAGCUUCCAUUCCGAAAUUUAUUCGAAAUAGGUGCGGUUGAACGCUUUCGUAUUCGAACAGAAGAUAUUGGAGCUGUUGCAAAAAUUGAAAUUCGUCAUAAUAAUUUUCCAAGUUUACAUGCUGACUGGCUACUCAAUCAAGUUAUAGUUGAACGUGAACGUGACAAUAAAGAAUACAUAUUCAAGUGCAAUUGCUGGCUCAGACGAGAACGACCAUAUGCAACAAUAAAUGUUUUGCCUGAUCCAAACGCUCCCACAAAACCAAUCGACAAUGCAUCGUCAAACCUUCGAACUCUAGUUAUCGUUGUUGCUGUUUUAAUCGCUGUGGUGAUCGCUGUGAUUUGUUGUUCCAAUGAGUAUUAUCGUCGUAAACAUCAAGCGUCCAUGCUAUCAACUUAUCCUAAUGAAAACAUUUAUCAAGAACCAUCUCUUUUAAAUGCACCCUAUGCACAAACACCUGAAGUACAAUCUGAAUCAUCAGAAUCUAAUUUAUGGGUUAAAACAUUACGUCGAUGGAAAGACUUUCGACAAAGACCACCUUCAUAUAUUCAUGCACAAGGAGCUCAAUUAGCUUCUGCUCCAACGACACCAUCAUUAGUUGUACCUGACGAACCACCAUCUUACGAAGACUUAUACCCAAAUUCAAAUUUACGAGCGACAACAACUUCAAAUUCAAUUAUACGAUACAUUUAA